AUGCGUGUUCAGAAGGAGAGUGGUUGUCAUCCACGUCGUGAGAUGAUGACCAUGAAGGAGGAGGUGGAGACCAUGAAGGAGGAGGAGGAGGAGUUGGAAACCAUGAAGGUGGAGGUGGUGACCAUGAAGGAGGAGGAGGAGGAGGUGGUGGUGGUGGUGGCGGCGGCGGCGGUGGAGGUGGAGGUGGAGGAGGUGGUGGAGGUGGAGGAGGAGGAGGUGGUGGUGGUGGUGACCAUGAAGGAGGAGGAGGUGGAGGUGGUGGCGGCCACGACCAGUAUGGAGACGGCGGCGGGGGAGACUUAUAAUAAUAAGCAUGUGGAGGCGGCGGCCAUGAUUCGUACUCAUCACGGUGAUGAUGACCAUCUCCGGCGACAUCGCUUGAAACCUAGAUCUUUGCUUGCUCUGCUUCGACCCUCGUCCAGUCUACCUGCAACUCCGAUGAACUCACUAUCGCCGCCCAGAUCUCCUUCUUCCGUCUGGAGGUCUGACCUUCGCGGAAUCGUGGUUCUGCCAGUAUUUACAGUCUCCCUGGUUCCGCAUCUGUCUACUCUCGUCCGCUGGAUGGGAAAACUCCACCGAUUGUACCAGUUGUUAUUUCACCAUAUGGAUUAUUUCCGUCACUCCAUAUUGAACCUUUUUUUAAUCACUAGUACCCCAAACCGUUACAAAAGCAAGCAUGAACUCUUCCUCGACUCGGUUCGUGACUUCGGGAGGGAUGGGGAUGUGGGGAGAAAGUUUCAAGAGCAAUGGAAGUCCUCAUCCACUGUCAUCAACGCUUAUACCGAAUACAUCUUCGUCGUUGAUUAUAACAGCAGAUAUGAAGCUAGACAAUCAGUCAUAAGAUACUUCCGGGACCCCUGGACCGCUUAA